AUGAACGAAGCAGGACUCCCAUUGGGAAAUGUGACCUUUUUGAAUUGGGCUCCGAGAUUUAUAACACACAUUAAGGGAGUUGUUUCAAGUAGUGGAUUCGUUUGGGACAAAUUCACGACUGAACCUCCCACACUUUAUUUUGUCGAUGCUGGGUUUAACUAUAACAUCAGAGCCUACAGUUUUCAUUCGACAGCAGGAAAUAUUAAGGGCGGUCAGGCAAUAUUUGAAUGGCCCAAUCAACAUGAAAAUGGAUCUCCGCGUCGUCUGACAGUUGAUAGGACUGGCAAACUAUGGGUGCCUCUCGAUGCAGGUCGCGGAGUCAUUCAAGUUGAGCCAGGCUUUAACCAAAUAUUAAGAUUUAUUUCCAUACCUGCACGCAGAGUCGGCGCAUGCACUUUUGGAGGUCCUGCACUUGAUAUUUUAUACGUUUCCACAAUAGGAUCUAUUCACGAUAAUCAUGAUGGACAUCCACCCCAGGUUGAAGUUGGUUCAAUUUACGCUGUGAAGGGCCUUGGCGUGCAGGGGUGGCCACCAAAAGAAUACAAUUUACAGAUGCAUAAAGAAAGUCGCGUUCUGGAACGUGUCAGGGUUAAAAAACAAAGACAAGGGAUUUUAGGAACAAGUGCAGAAGUAGGAUGUGAUAAUGAUGAGUGA